UAGACAUCAGCCUGAGAUCUUUGCCUUCUCCCUCAAAAUCUUCUAUUAUAAGCUCUUUCAAUGCGUAUGUCAUACCCGCAGCCGUAGUCUUCCUCCGCAAUGCUCGACCGCAGCUUGGUUCCUAGCGGGCUUCUCGCUGCUUUCGACACUUACUGCGCCUUCGUGUGGCCUUCUCGCCAGCAGACAUGUUUAAAGUCAUGUAAAAGACUCUUCCUUGCUGGCGAAGUGACCCUCACCUACAUUUGACGGACACCUAUGCCUUUCCAAACCGAAAGACUCACUCUCCGCGCCUACAACGGCGAUGCAGACCUAGACAACCUCCUCCGGCUCUACGACGACGCGCUCGUCCAGCCGUCCAUCCUCCUCGCCCCACUCAAGCCCCUCAGCCCCGCAUACAAAGAAAAGCUACAGAAAGACAUGGAUAACAUCACCUUCGGCGCGGUCAUCGCGCUCACCUCAACGGGCGAGUUCAUCGGGCAGAGCGUGCUGAAUAUCCCGGAGCCCAAGAACCGCGACGCGAGCGUCGGCAUAUGCCUGCUUCCCGAGUUCUGGAGCAGGGGAUACGGGACGGAGGCGAUGCUGUUUACGGUCGACCACGCGUUCAGGUGGUACGGGCUGCACCGCGUGUCGCUGACGGUGUGGGCUGUCAACGAGCGCGCGGUCGGGGUGUACAAGCGUCUGGGGUUUGUGAUAGAAGGACGCAAGCGCGAGGCGAUAUGGAUGGACACCAAGUGGGUUGAUAUACUCAGCAUGGGCGUGUUGAGAAGCGAGUGGGCAGCACUUCACUGGGGCGAGCAAGCGCAAAGUCUAAGGCCAAUCGAACACGUCUGA